ACAGAUGGAGUCGACGAGACAUUGACAUUGAUGGAAGAAUAUGGUGUAAAACCAGACGUGGUAACAUUCAGCACAAUCAUGAACGCUUGGAGUUCACAAGGACAGAUGGAGAAAUGUCAAGAAAUUUUCCAAGACAUGGUGAAGACUCGAAUAGAACCCGACAUUCAUGUUUUCAGCAUUCUGGCAAAAGGAUACGUUCGAUCAGGAUCACCAGCUGAAGCAGAAGCUGUUCUCAAGACAAUGAAACAAUACUCUGUUCGACCAAACGUUGUCAUCUUCACAACAAUCAUCAGUGGAUGUUGCAGUGCAGGGGAAAUGGAAUACGCUAUGAGAAUCUACGAAAGAAUGUGCCUACUUGACAUCUCCCCGAAUUUGAAAACAUUUGAAACUCUUAUAUGGGGAUUUGGAGAAGCUAAACAGCCAUGGAAGGCGGAAGAGUUGAUUCAGGUUAUGGAAGAAAAGGGUUUUAAGCCUGAGAAGAAAACAAUUCAGUUAGUUGUUGAUGCGUGGCGUUCUAUCGGGUUAGUUGACGAAGCCAAGAGGAUUUCACAAGAUGAAGAAGAGGAUAAUAUAGAAGCUUCUUAUUCAAAUGUCUUGCAAAUACCAACAACUAUGUCUUCAAGUAAUAAUGGGAGGAGCCAUAUGGUGAUAAAUUAUUAUGGAAUCCAAUCUGAAAGUGUUAGCAUCAAAAUGAAGCUUCGAAAUCAUAACCUCAGCUGGGGGCGAAGAUCGAUAACUACACAACCGCAGCCCAAAACUUGCAAAUUGCAGUCUUGUGUUAUUUACAGGCCUCAUGUAAAUUCUUCAUCUUCUUCUUCUGGAGUGGUGAUCUGGAACUGAUAUGGAUCGAAUCCGAUAAAUGUUUUUAAGGUAAGGUGUACAUAUAUAUCAUGGGGAUAUCUUGUUGUAAUAUAAACUUUGUUGGAUUUGGUUAUGUUAUGGUUCGAUCAUUUAUAAUACAAUUAUUGUAAAAACCCCGAAUUCUC